AUGAAAAUCCUUAGUUGGAAUGUGCGAGGUUUGGGGAAACCAAGUGCAUUUCGUCACCUUCGUUUGCUUGUCAAAGAGCAAUCCCCACAUGUACUUUUUCUUAUGGAAACUAAGUUAGGACCCAAUGUCAUUUCUAGAUUUCGUAAUGUUUUACAUUUUAAUAAUGGACUUGAAGUCCCUAGAGUAGGAUUAGGAGGUGGUUUGUUGUUACUUUGGAAAGAUGAUAUUGAUGUAUCUAUUUUAAAUUAUAAUACUAAUGUGAUUGAUUGUUAUAUUGCUUCUCCCAACCAACCAAGAUGGCAUUUUACUGCAUUUUAUGGAGCUCCUUGCACUCAACUUCGUUCUCAAACUUGGACUCUAUUAGAAAGACUUAAAGAUGUCUCACCACUAUCUCCUUGGCUUGUUAUCGGAGACUUUAAUGAGAUCCUUUCUAAUGACAAUAAAGUUGGAGGUGCACCACGUAAUGAAGCUCAAAUGGAACAAUUUCGGAAAGCGCUUGAUUGCUGUCGUUUAAAUGAGGUUCCUUUUGAGGGUGACCCGUACACAUGGAUUAAAGGCAGGCGCACAGUGAACACAGUAAAAGAGAGGCUGGAUUGGUGCUUUGUUAAUGACUGCUGGAACUCUCACUUUUCACCAAUUGUUACUAGACAUCUUGACUACUAUACAUCUGACCAUAGAGCUAUUGUUGUCAAUGUUAGUCUUAAAAAUUCAGAUCAGCAGCCACAACAGCGUCGCACCAGGUUCAGGUUUGAACAAAUGUGGCUUCAAAAUGAAGAGGUUGCCAACAUUAUACAGCAGCAAUGGACAUCCCCAGUAGCCGGUUCUGCCAUAGACAAGUUCCUGCAUAAUAUUGCAGCUUGUACAUCAUCGCUCCAACAAUGGCAUCAACGGUCGCGUGUUGAUUGGCUGCAAAGUGGUGAUCAGAACACUAAGUUUUUUCACGCCCAUGCUUCCUCACGUAAAGCUGCUAAUAGGAUUCACUUUCUCUUGGAUAGCAAUGGCGCCAAGACUACUUCAAAUGAGGGAAUAUCUAACAUAAUCACUGAAUUUUUUGACAAUCUCUUCACUGCUACAUCAGUAAACCCGACUGCUAUAGCACAAUUCACAUCUGCCAUUCCCACUACAAUCACACCUGCAAUCAACCACUCUCUCACGGCCCCUUUUACUGAAAUGGAGGUAACUACUGCUUUAAAAACCAUGAGCCCUGAUAAAAGCCCAGGUAGUGAUGGUAUGUCUGCAAUGUUCUAUCAAAAUUACUGGCACAUUGUUGGUUCUUCGGUUACAGAUGUGGUGUUGGGGGUCCUUAAUCAUGGUCUGGACAUGGAUUCAAUUAAUAAAGCGAUCAUCACCCUUGUUCCAAAAGUCAGCUCACCAAAUACCAUAGCUGAUUUUCGCCCAAUUAGUCUGUGCAAUGUCAUAUACAAGAUCAUUUCCAAGAUGAUUGUGUUGCGAUUCAAAGAAGCACUUCCCCUAGUCAUAUCAGAAACUCAAAGCGCAUUUCUUUCCAAUCGAUUAAUUACUGAUAAUGUGCUUGUUGCCUUCGAGCUUGUUCACAAUAUUCAACAUCAAAAACGGGGUAAAAAAGGUUUCUCUGCGCUUAAAUUAGACACGAGUAAGGCUUUUGACCGAGUGGAAUGGGAUUACUUACGGGCUGUCAUGGACAAAAUGGGCUUUGCAAAGUCAUGGACUGACUUAAUUUUUAAAUGUCUAUCAUCUUCAAGUCUCACCUUUGCACUCAAUGGAGACACUACGGGACUUGUGAGGCCUACUAGGGGGCUGCGCCAAGGAGAUCCAUUAUCUCCCUAUUUGUUCUUAAUUUGCUCAGGGAGACUAUCGAGAUUGUUACAACAUGAAGAAGCAAUUGGCAACUUACAAGGACUCCGUAUUACCAGACAAGCACCUUCAAUUUCUCACCUCCUCUUCGCUGAUGACAGUCUACUAUUUUGUGAAGCUACCAACACUUCUGCAUUGGCAAUUCAGAGAGCACUUGACAUAUAUCAUAAAGCUUCGGGCCAAAUGCUAAAUCCUCACAAAUCAGUAAUGUCUUUCUCUCCAAACACUCCUAUGGCAGCGCAAUUAUUUUUUCAGCAAACCCUUAGCAUGCCCAUUAGUGAGUGCCAUGAAAGAUACCUUGAGCUACCUUCUUACUCUGGCCGCGACAAGAAAGUUCUAUUCAGCCACAUCAAAGAACGUAUUUGGAAGUUGAUGCAUGCUUGGAAUGAAAAAUUGUUUUCAGUUGGUGGUAAAGAGGUUCUAUUGAAGGUUGUGGUUCAAUCUAUACCAACUUAUGCGAUGAGUUGUUUUCGCUUAACCAAAACUUUUUGUCAACAACUUGAAAGCAUGAUGGCUAAUUUUUGGUGGGGUUCAAACAAAGAUGGCUCUAAAAUACAUUGGAAAAGAUGGAAUUUACUUUGCAAGUCUAAGUUUGAAGGAGGAAUGGAGUUUCGUUCCUUUAUCCAUUACAAUCAAGCGCUACUUGCAAGUCAAGCUUGGAGAAUCCUCGACAUGCCCAACUCCUUACUAAGCAGACUUCUCAAGAGCCGAUACUUUCCUCACAACUCUUUUUUGGAAGCGAGACUGGGUUCCCCAUCACUCACAUGGCAAAGCAUCCAUUGGGGACGUGAGCUACUCGCUAAAGGACUUCGAUAUAAAGUAGGGAAUGGCUUUCACAUUCAGAGUGGUCUUGACAAGUGGAUUCCGGGCCAUACGGAGUUUCGUCCAAUCACCUACACGGGUUCCCCAUCCCAGCCGGUUGCGUGUUUCAUUACAGAUCAAAGAGAAUGGAACCUUGAUGCUCUUCACAACUAUUUUGGCCAGAUGGAUAUCGAUAAAAUUGUCUCCAUUCCAUUGAGUUUCUUUCCUAUGGUAGACCGUCUAAUAUGGCACCACACAACAUCGGGUGAGUACACUGUGAAGUCUGGUUUUCACUUGGCUGCUACCUUGGACGAGCAACAAAAUUCAUCCACUUCAGAUUUACAUAAUUCUUGGUGGAAAACUUUUUGGCACUUAUCCCUCCCAUCCAAGAUCAAAAUUUUUGCAUGGAAGGUUAUGCAUAAUGUUCUUCCAACUGCAGCAGCAUUACAUAGACGGAAGGUACUUGACUCGGCUGCCUGUUCGAUGUGCUCUUGUGCUUGGGAGUCCAUUGGGCAUGCACUCUUUAGCUGCCCUCAUGCAAAGGCUGUAUGGAACCAUACUGGUUUUGUAAUGGACUAUCCGAAAGCGCAACAAAUGUUUAAUGGUGAUUACAUUUUCUACCUUUCUACUCUACAUUCACAAAGGGAUUUUGAGCUAAUCAUUUGCAACUUAUGGGCCAUAUGGUCGAGUAGAAACAGAUCUUUACAUGGCAGUUCAAGACCUGAUGGGAAACAAACUGCUACAUUUGCUAAAGAUUAUGUAGAAAAAUUCAGACUUUCGUCCACUAGAAAACACACAAAUCAUGCUCCUUCAAUUGCUGGAAACACAGCUUCUUCAGCUACCACUUCGAACAAUCUCCAAGAGGUUCGUUGGCAGCCACCUGAUGCCACUGGUUUUAAGCUUAAUAUCGACGCUGCUGUAAACUCAGCCACAAAAACGCUGGGUGUAGGAGCCAUUGUUCGGGACCAUUAUGGACAAGUCAUUGCUGUACUUUCUAAACCAACACAAGGUUGUUUCCGUUCAGACGAAAUGGAAGCAAAAGCGCUAUUUCAUAGCCUCAAUUGGGCGUUGCAGCAACAACUUCAUAUCACCAAUAUAAAGACCGAUGCCCUUAGAGUUUUUCAUGCUCUAACUACCACAUCUACUGAUCUAUCUUGUUUUUCCGAUUUAAUAUUGGAUGUUCGUUGUCUUUUAUCCUUUUUUCUUGAAGCACGUAUCUCUCAUGUUAAGAGAAACGCUAACCAUGCUGCACAUGGUCUAGCUAAACAUGCUUUAGCGUUGGAUCAAGACAUUUGUUGGAUAGGGGAAAUACCCGAUCCUAUUUCAUCUAUUGUUGUAAUUGACUGUUGA